GGCUGCUCGCUUUGGGCCGAUUGUUCGACGGGAAGGGAAUCCUCGUCUCAUCGCUUCCCGAUCUAAAACAUUUUGUAGCACAGCAGCACGAGGAGGAAAAGGGGUUACUGUGUCUUUAAGGGAUGAAAAAAAAAAUGGAAUAUGAAUUCGCGGAAGUGUCAUUUCUUUCCCAAUGACGGUUAAUUAAUUCAAUAUAUUAUGUUAAACAGCGUUAGUGUGCCUCUUUUAGUCGUUAUCGCUUCAGUAUUUAUUUUUUUGGACAUUUGCUGUCAGCAGGCCAGGCUUGUCUCUGACGUCAGCAACACAUCACGGGCGUCCCUCCCAUUUCGCAGAAUCCGAGAUAUCCAAAGAUUGACAGCUCACAGCGUCCAAUGACCACACGGGAAAGGCAGCACACCCAGGGCGGGGCUUGAAUUUUCCCCCAAUCAGAGGCGCCCAUAUUGUUUUGACCUCUGGAACCGCAUCACCGCCUCCCUCGUGCCCGUGGCGGAGGGAAUCGAUAAAUAGAGGCGCUCGUCGGCCAGGAGGGGACGAAGUCGCAGAACUCCCGAGAAGGAGGGAGCUACUCCGCCUAGCCUGCUGAAAAAAAAAGAAAACACUCGAAAUCACCUUCACACCCAGAAACUCAAGCAAUCGGCAAUCCUCAGACAUUUUUUUUCAUCUACUGGAAUACUAUUUUUUUUAAAUUCUUAAUAUAUUAUACUUGAAGAAAGUAUUCCUACUUUUUCCCCCCCUUACUAUUUGCACUACCAGUACUCCACUACUACUGCGAAUCCUUUCCCACCCUUAAAAUAAAGUUUCACACUGUUCUGAAAGAAAACUCUUCUGUAAGUACUGCACUUUUACCCCCGGAAACACAUUUCGCCCACAUUUCCCGGUCCCUCAGGCCGUUCUGCCCGACGAGCACUCGCGUUGCCAACCACGGCUAAACUAAGCAGGCCCGGUAGACCCACUGACGCGCAUGCCCAGUCUCCGCUCACCUGUUCAAAGUCAGCAGUCAGCUAUGCAGCUUGAAAUCCAAGUAGCUCUCAACUUCAUCAUCUCCUACCUGUACAACAAGCUGCCGAGACGGCGGGUCAACAUCUUCGGUGAGGAGCUGGAGCGGCAACUGAAACAGAAGUACGAGGGACACUGGUACCCGGACAAGCCGUACAAAGGCUCGGGUUUCAGGUGCAUCCACGUCGGGGAGAAGGUGGACCCCGUGGUGGAGAAGGCAGCCAAAGAGAGCGGACUGGACAUCAACGAUGUCCGCAACAACCUACCCCAGGACCUCAGCGUGUGGAUCGACCCCUACGAGGUCUCCUACCAGAUCGGGGAGAAGGGCCCCGUCAAGGUGCUGUACGUCGACGACAGCAACGAGAGCGCAGCGAGCAGUGGGGGGCUCGAUCUGGACAAGGAGAUCAAGAACAGUUUCAAUCCGGACGCCCAGGUCUUCAUGCCCAUCAACGAGCCCAUCGGCGGCGGCGGCGCCUCCCCGGGCUCCAGCUCGCCCUCCCCUCCUUUCGGCCACUCGGCGGCGGUCAGCCCCACUUUCAUGCCCCGCUCCACGCAGCCUUUAACCUUCACCACCGCCACCUUCGCCGCCACCAAGUUUGGCUCCACCAAGAUGAAGAGCAGCGGGCGCAACGGCAGCAACGGCAACGGCGCUAACGCCACGAACAAGGCGGCGCGCACCUCUCCCACCAACCUGGGCCUGAAUGUGAACACUCUCCUGAAGCAGAAAGCCAUUUCCACCUCCAUGCACUCGCUCUACGGGCUGGGCCUGGGAACCCAGCAGCAGCAGCAGCAGCAGCAACAACAGCAGCAGCAGGCCAAGCCCUCGGCCCUGUCCCCCAACGCGAAGGAGUUUGUGUUCCCCAGCCUGCAGGGCCUGGGCACCCAGAGCGCCCUCUUCCCCGGGGACAGCUCGCUCGGUCUGGGCCAGCUCCAGUACAGCAACGCCUUCGACGUGUUCACGGCCUACGGCGGCCUUAACGACAAGUCCCUGAUGGAUGGUUUAAAUUUCAGCUUGAGCAACAUGCAGUAUUCUAACCAGCAAUUCCAGCCAGUCAUGGCCAACUAGUACACCGAGCUAAUAACUUCACGCAACAACGACCAGAUAAUGUGACCCCGCUAGUGGUGGUGGGAGAAUGAGGUCUGAAACUCAAAUGCACAUGUACAAAAAAAAAAUGAAAAAAAAAAGAACAGAAUGUCAAGGUUGAAAGGAAAAGUGACAUCACAACUCUUAAGAACCUGAGCCCGAGGGUGAACUACUUUGCCCCCUUGAGUUAACAACUUUUCUUUCUUUCUUUUUUUUUUUUUACCCUCAGUGGUGACGCUUGUUGUACGAGAUGUCCAAGCUUGGUUACCUAAACUUCAACUUAUUGUUAUUUCAUUUGCCAACCAAGCACAAAAUAUUUUUUUAUGUUACUGUUGAAGAUAUAUUUAAAUGAAAAAGGAAAAAAAAAAAAACAAAAAACAAAAACAAAACAAAAAAAAACACCACCACAAGUCAUGGCCUCUUUCAGUAUUUUGACAGAACUGGACAUUGCCAAUCUUUCAAGAAAUUGGCAAAGCUAAGUGGGAUUUUCUGGUCUUUUUUCUAAUUGUAUAAUUUAAUUUAGUACAGAGUUUGUAAAGUAUCAGAGUAUCUAUUGUUUCUACGACACGGUAUUGCAUUUAUAUCUUUUUACUACUUCAGUGAUCUGUGAUGGCUGCAGCAACUUUUUCUUUUUUUUUUAUUGAAAUUAUGAAAAAUGAAUUUCAUCUUUCAGAAAAAAUUGACUACUCUAAAGAUUGUGUACAGAAUAUUCCAUAGUGGUGGGAUUUAAGAAUAUUUGCUUUUUUUUUGGCGGGAAAAAAACAGAGUUGUAUUUUCUGUUAAGAUUUUUGCUAUAUUAUGGACAAAAUGUAAUCGUAUAUUAAUUUUGUACCUACAUCGUGCAAUACUUGAUAAAAACAACGGUAUAACAAAGUAUACGGAGUCAGUGUCUUAUAUGUUAACAGGAACUGAUAGUUUAUUAAGUUUGUAUUAAAAGGCUUGAAAAUAA